CCAGAGGGAAAGCUGCUCCUCUUGUUGGGUUGGAAGUCGGAUUCGUCGAAACCUGUAUGGAAUGAGCGAAUCGCAAGUACAAGGUCCAAAAGGUUAUAGUGGGAUAGUUUUUGGUGAUUGUACCAGAAAUCUCAGAGCAUAUUCCUGCAAAUUUUUAACAUUUUGGCAUCUGCAGGAAAGUGAUAAUUAAGCAGAGAGAUGGAUGUGCUCAAAGGCUGGACAGGACGUUGCAUCUUCGGUGGUCACAGGCAGGGCGUGCUCAGAACUUCAGUUUCAGGAGUUGAAACAUAUGUAUGCUUCUCUGCUGAUGACCUCUAUGUGGAUGGAGCUCUGUGGUCUGAUUGGAAUGGAUCUCAAAUUGAAGACGAGAUGUUUCACUUUGAUGCUCACAAGGAAUAUGGAUUUGUCAGUGGGUACAAAGUUUCGUACAAGGUAAAACUAGUUUGGAUGGGACAAAAGCCAAUAUUUGAUGAGGAAAGUUCGGACCAAACUGAUGGAAGUUGCUCUGAAGAUGACUUUAGUGAGGAGGAAUCUGAAACGGCUGGAGAAAACACCGAUGAAAGUUGCAGUGAGGAGGAAACUGAGACUGAUGAGGACAGCGAGAUCUAUGGUUACGUUGGAUCCGUGGUACAAUUCGUGAAUUCCUGCACUGCUGUACUCAAAUUUAGCAUUGGAGGCGAUACAGAAUUUGCUGCUCUUGAAAGGUGUCGACUUUAUGUUGACGAAAAGCUGUGCACUAAUCGUCAUGACAUCAGCAGAUACAUUGACUGUGGUGACUCUGUCAAUUUUGAUGCUGAAGAGGUGGACCUUGGCUAUGGUAUCGAGUACAGAGUCAUCACUGGCUGGAUUGGCAAGAAACCCAGAGGUGACGACUUCAUCACUUCUGAAUAUGCUCCGAAUCAUGCCAUCCGAUUCCCGGCUCAAUUCCAAUUGUAAAUGCACAAAAAUUAGCAUAUUGUUUUGUGUGGAAUCAAUGAAACGGGAGGUUGUAUUAUUAUGCCUUAAUUUAAUAAAAGAAAGAUAAUAUUGUACAAGUAACACAAUCUUUCCCCAUGAUGCUGGAUCAAGGUUUGUUAAAAUGAGUGUUACGUACAACCAAAAAUAAAAAAAUUUAAAUUCCUCAAUAC